GACAGUGACAAAUAAUUGACAACUCAUAUUUGUACAGCAUUUGUGCACUUUUGCUGCUGUGUUAUCGCACCGAAUAUAAACAGUUUUAUACGUUUCAUUACUUAGUUUAAUUUGUGAGGUAUGGCUAACUACAACAAUCCAAAUGAUUACUCCUGGCAGGGCCAAAAUAACAGCCAAAAUUACUCUUUCAAUACCUCCAAUGCUUUUGGCGAUCAAGCUCAAACGUUGGAUUUUCAGAGUUUUCCAACGGAUCACCAAGAUUUCUCAUUUGACCAAGGAGGACAGAAUGCAUAUCCUCCAAACAACAACCAAUACUACAACCCAAAUAUGUUCCAACCUGCACCAAUACCCGGCGAGCCAGCAACGGAAACCACUGAGUUCGAUGAGCCACCUCUACUUGAUGAGCUAGAAAUAUAUCCUGAUAGGAUAUUAGAGAAAACAUUGGCUGUCAUGAAUCCAUUCCAUGGACAAUCAAAAGCUGAUGAUGCCAAUUUCUUGUUAAGAGACACAGAUAUUGCUGGGCCGAUAACAUUUUGUUUAGCAUUGGCUGUGUGUUUAUUUUUAUCAGGAAACAAAGCUCACUUUGGUUAUGUUUACGGUCUCUCUGUAAUGUCUGUUAUAUUGAUGUAUUCUUUGCUUUCAUUGAUGAGCCGUUCUGAGGGUGUGUUUACAUUACUAAGUGUUGCCAGUGUGCUAGGUUACUGUAUGUUACCCAUGGUUGUGCUGGCAGGGUUGGGUAUAUUCAUUUCCUUGGAGGGAACAAUAGGACUUACCCUGUCAGCCGUGGCUGUAAUUUGGUCCGCCUUAUCUGCAAGCAGGUUAUUUGUGACCAUGUCUGGAGAUGCUGAGCAGAGGCCACUAAUAGCAUAUCCUUGUGCUUUAGUCAAUGGCGUGUUUGCUUUAUUAGUACUGUUUUAAUUUACAACAUAAGUUUACUAGGUACUUUAUUUGUUACUGGCUUACAAGGAAUAUGUUAUCGAAAUUUAAUCCUUCUAACCUGAAUUUCCAAACAAAAUUGUACACCUCUAGUACUAGUUUUGUUUUACUAACAUAUUUUUAGACCACUCUUGACAGUAUAACAUGUGUAUUGUGAUGUUUUCGGGCAAAAGGUUAGUGUUGAGGACAUUGUUGGUUGUUGCUAAGAAUGAUUUUUUAAUUACAUCUUUAUGGCAGCAUAUUAACUACUGUCAUUAAGUUACCUUUUGCUAGAAAACAAUGUUUUGUCAUGGCAGUAUGUUAAUAAGUGAAGGAACAAUAUGACUAUCUCCAUCUCUUUUGCUAUAACAAUAAUCAAGUGCCACUGACACUACCAAAACAUAUUCUCCUCAUAUUCUAUACUUUAUUUUCUAAAAUGCCAGUUCGGUUACAAAGAUUGACAGUAAGAUGUGUCCAUACUUAUGGUAAUUCAAAAUUUAUGAAUACAAUCAUUAUGUCAUUAGUAGUAAACAUGGAACAUAUUUUCUUUAUAAAAUUAUCAUGACAGAUAUAGUCCUUCGAUUUGAAGCUGGCUCCAAGCAGCUGAUCUUUUGUCUAUUGUUAACUAAAACCCCGUGUGCCAUUACUUGCAAAAAAAGGGUCAUAUAAUUCUAAUUGGCACCUGAGUGCGGGCUUGUACAAUGCUCAAAAAACCAGUGUAGGUGCACUCUCCGAUAACGCGCCUUUGUUACUCAUCUCGAGGAGACAUUUUAGACUGGUUCAGCAGCAGCACACAAGAAAUCGCAAAUUAUUAUUCCAUUGGACCAAUAUUUGAAUCUUAUUUCAAUUAUGAUAGAUGUAAUUCAAUAACCGGUUAAAGUGACCGGACCCUUUUUUUGCAGGUAGUGGCACGCGCGCGGUUUUAGUUAACAAUAGACAAAGGAUUUGCCACUUGGGGCCAGCUACAAAUCUAAUGGCUAUACCAGCACCUUAUUUACUCUAACGAGGCUGAUUGUUUUGUUAACAAUUUAAAAAUAGUAUUGUAAAACUAUAUUUCUACUUUGUAAUGUAAAUAAAUAUUUGUAUAUUAAUAACAAUAAAGAAUCCUUAUUAUA